GCGGCGAUGGCGCGUCCGGUGGAGGCGGCUGCGGGCGCCGUUCCGGCCCCUCCGGCCCCUCGGUCCCCUGGCCGUGGCCGGGGCUGUGAGUAGGGCCCGCACAGACAUGAGGCAUCUAUUAACAAGCUAAAAGUGACAGAACCAUGGCUCAGUUUCCAACACCUUUUGGGGGCAACCUGGAUAUCUGGGCUAUUACUGUGGAGGAGAGAGCAAAACAUGAUCAACAGUUCCAUAGUCUGAAACCAACUGCUGGAUUUAUCACUGGUGAUCAAGCCAGGAACUUUUUUUUCCAAUCUGGGUUACCUCAGCCAGUGCUAGCACAGAUAUGGGCUCUGGCUGACAUGAACAAUGAUGGCAGGAUGGAUCCCUUGGAGUUUUCCAUAGCUAUGAAACUCAUCAAGCUGAAGCUCCAGGGUUACCAGCUCCCGGCCGCGCUGCCGCCCGUCAUGAAGCAGCCGCCCCUCGCCCUGCCCGGUGCCCCAGGAUUUGGUCUCGGGGGCAUUGCCAACAUGCCAUCCCUCAGCACUGUGCCCAUGGCAUCCAUCCCAGUGGUGGGGAUGUCCCCCCCACUGGUGUCCUCUGUCCCUGCCGCCGUCCCUCCCCUGGCUAACGGAGCUCCUGCUGUCAUCCAGCCCCUGCCUGCUUUCGCUCACCCCGCCACUUUGCCAAAGAGUUCUUCCUUCAGCCGCUCGGGCCCGGGAGCUCAGCUCAAUGCAAAGCUGCAAAAGGCACAAUCCUUCGACGUGGCCAGCUCUCCUGCUGUGGCAGAGUGGGCUGUGCCUCAGUCCUCACGCCUCAAGUACCGGCAGCUCUUCAACAGCCACGACAAAACCAUGAGUGGACACUUGACAGGUCCCCAAGCAAGAACGAUUCUCAUGCAGUCUAGUUUACCCCAGGCUCAGCUGGCUACAAUAUGGAAUCUCUCUGACAUUGAUCAAGAUGGGAAGCUGACAGCUGAGGAGUUUAUCCUGGCCAUGCACCUCAUUGAUGUAGCAAUGUCUGGUCAGCCUCUGCCACCUGCACUGCCCCCAGAGUUCAUCCCACCUUCUUUCAGAAGGGUCCGCUCUGGCAGUGGAAUUUCUGCUGCCAGUUCAGUGUCUGUAGACCAAAGGUUACCAGAAGAACCAGCACUGGAAGAAGAACAACAGCAAUUGGAAAAGAAAUUACCAGUGACGUUCGAGGACAAGAAGCGGGAGAACUUCGAGCGGGGGAACCUGGAGCUGGAGAAGCGCAGGCAGGCGCUGCUGGAGCAGCAGCGCAAGGAGCAGGAGAGGCUGGCCCAGCUCGAGAGGGCGGAGCAGGAGAGGAAGGAGCGCGAGCGGCAGGAGCAGGAGCGCAAGCGGCAGCUGGAGCUGGAGAAGCAGCUGGAGAAACAGCGGGAGCUGGAGCGGCAGCGCGAGGAGGAGAGGAGGAAGGAGAUCGAGAGGAGAGAGGCUGCCAAACGGGAGCUGGAGAGGCAGAGGCAGCUGGAGUGGGAGCGCAACCGGCGGCAGGAGCUGCUCAACCAGAGGAACAAGGAGCAGGAGGACAUCGUGGUGCUCAAGGCAAAGAAGAAAACCCUGGAAUUCGAGCUGGAAGCUCUCAAUGAUAAAAGAAACCAGUUGGAGGGGAAGCUUCAAGAUAUUAGGUGUCGGCUGUCGACCCAAAGACAAGAAAUUGAAAGUACAAAUAAAUCCAGAGAGCUCAGAAUUGCAGAAAUCACCCAUUUGCAGCAGCAGCUACAGGAGUCCCAGCAGAUGCUGGGCAGGCUGAUCCCAGAGAAGCAGCUGCUCAAUGAUCAGCUCAAGCAAGUCCAGCAGAACAGUUUGCACAGGGAUUCCCUUCUCACCAUCAAAAGAGCUUUGGAAGCCAAGGAACUGGCACGGCAGCAGCUCCGGGAGCAGCUGGAUGAGGUGGAGAAAGAAACCAGAUCUAAACUGCAGGAAAUUGAUAUUUUCAAUAAUCAGCUCAAGGAGCUGAGAGAAAUCCAUAACAAACAGCAGCUCCAGAAGCAGAAGAGUUUGGAUGCUGAGAGGUUGAAACAGAAGGAACAGGAAAGGAAGACAGUGGAGCUGGAAAAGCAAAAAGAAGCUCAGAGGAGGGUCCAGGACCGGGACAAACCGCGGCUGGAGCGGGGACAGCCAGAGGAGGAACCACAACAGUGGCAAAAAAAACCCCAGGAAGAUGACAAGCAAAAAAGGGAAGAGCUACCCAAGAAGAAGGAAAGUGAGGAUAAGGGGAAGCAGGAGAUGCAGGAGAAGCUCAGUAAACUCUUGCAGCCCCACCAGGAGCCCAACAAGCCCGGCCAGGCUCCGUGGUCCAACGCAGAGAAAGCUCCUCUAACCAUUUCUGCUCAGGAGGAUGUAAAAAUAGUGUAUUACAGAGCUCUGUAUCCUUUUGAAUCCAGAAGCCACGACGAGAUCACCAUCCAGCCUGGAGACAUCGUCAUGGUGGAUGAAAGCCAGACUGGAGAGCCAGGGUGGCUUGGUGGAGAACUGAAGGGGAAAACUGGAUGGUUCCCUGCAAACUAUGCUGAGAGAAUUCCUGACAGUGAAGUUCCAGCCUCUGCCAAGCCCGUGGCCGAGCCCUCUGCUGCUCCCAAAGUGUCAGUGCAGGAAAGCUCCAGUGCCCUGGGAGCCCCUGCCCCUCCAGAGGCUCCUGCAGCAGCCAACAACUGGGCAGACUUCAGCUCCACCUGGCCAACAAACAGCAGUGAGAAGGCAGAGAGUGAUAACUGGGAUGCCUGGGCAGCUCAGCCCUCCCUGACCGUGCCCAGCGCGGGGCAGCUCCGGCAGCGCUCGGCCUUCACCCCUGCCACUGUCACAGGCUCCUCCCCAUCCCCUGUCCUGGGCCAGGGUGAAAAAGUGGAGGGGCUUCAAGCCCAGGCUCUGUACCCUUGGAGAGCAAAGAAAGACAACCACCUGAACUUCAACAAGAACGAUGUGAUCACUGUUCUGGAGCAGCAGGACAUGUGGUGGUUUGGGGAGGUGCAGGGACAGAAGGGCUGGUUCCCCAAAUCCUACGUGAAGCUCAUUUCAGGCCCCAUCAGGAAGUCCACGAGCAUGGAUUCUGGUUCCUCAGAAAGUCCUGCUAGUCUGAAAAGAGUAGCAUCCCCAGCAGCCAAGGCAGCGAUGUCAGGGGAAGAGUACAUUGCCAUGUACACCUACGAGAGCUCGGAGCAGGGAGACCUCACUUUCCAACAAGGUGACCUGAUCCUGGUGACAAAGAAAGAUGGUGACUGGUGGACGGGAACGCUGGGUGAUAAAUCAGGAGUUUUCCCAUCUAAUUAUGUGAGACUCAAAGAUUCUGAGGCUCCAGGAGCAGCUGGGAAAACGGGAAGCUUAGGGAAGAAACCUGAAAUUGCCCAAGUUAUUGCCUCUUACACAGCAACAGGCCCAGAACAACUGACUCUUGCUCCUGGCCAGUUGAUUCUCAUCAGAAAGAAGAAUCCAGGUGGUUGGUGGGAAGGAGAGCUCCAAGCACGGGGCAAGAAGCGCCAGAUCGGCUGGUUCCCUGCCAACUACGUCAAACUGCUGAGCCCUGGCACCAGCAAGAGCACACCCACCGAGCUGCCCAGGCCUGCAGCAGCCUCAGUGUGCCAGGUGAUCGGCAUGUACGACUACAGCGCCCAGAACGACGACGAGCUGGCCUUCAGCAAGGGCCAGAUCAUCACCGUGCUCAACAGGGAGGACCGCGACUGGUGGAAGGGGGAGGUCAAUGGCCACGUGGGGCUCUUCCCCUCCAACUACGUGAAGCUGACCACGGACACGGACCCGAGCCAGCAGUGGUGUGCUGACCUGCACCUGCUCGACAUGCUGACCCCCACCGAGAGGAAGAGGCAGGGCUACAUCCACGAGCUCAUCGUCACCGAGGAGAACUACGUGAACGACCUGCAGCUGGUGACAGAGAUCUUCCAGAAACCACUGAUGGAGUCUGAGCUGGUCACAGAAAAAGAAGUUGCCAUGAUUUUUGUUAAUUGGAAGGAGCUGAUUAUGUGCAAUAUAAAACUACUGAAGGCCCUGCGUGUGAGGAAGAAGAUGUCAGGGGAGAAGAUGCCAGUGAAGAUGAUCGGGGACAUCCUGACAGCCCAGCUGCCCCACAUGCAGCCCUACAUCAGGUUCUGCAGCUGCCAGCUCAACGGGGCUGCCCUCAUCCAGCAGAAGACAGAUGAAGUGCCCGACUUCAAGGAGUUUGUCAAGAGGUUAGCAAUGGAUCCUCGCUGUAAAGGAAUGCCACUAUCAAGUUUUCUACUAAAGCCUAUGCAACGGGUAACCAGAUACCCACUAAUAAUUAAAAAUAUCAUAGAGAACACCCCCGAGAACCACCCUGACCACAGCCACCUGAAGCACGCCCUGGAGAAGGCGGAGGAGCUGUGCUCACAGGUCAACGAGGGCGUGCGGGAGAAGGAGAACUCGGACAGGCUGGAGUGGAUCCAGGCCCACGUGCAGUGCGAGGGCCUGUCCGAGGGCAGCCCCGAUUGUUUCACUUUAUACAGUGCGUUGUUGUUCUUCUUCUACUUUUCGCAGCAACUCGUUUUUAAUUCAGUUACAAACUGCUUGGGACCACGCAAGUUCCUGCACAGUGGGAAGCUCUAUAAAGCCAAGAGUAACAAGGAGCUCUAUGGUUUUCUCUUCAACGACUUCCUCCUCCUCACUCAGAUCAUAAAACCUCUUGGCUCUUCUGGCACAGACAAGGUCUUCAGCCCCAAGUCCAACCUGCAAUACAAAAUGUACAAAACUCCCAUUUUCCUAAACGAGGUACUGGUAAAAUUACCCACAGACCCUUCUGGAGAUGAGCCCAUCUUCCACAUCUCCCACAUUGACAGAGUCUACACACUUCGUGCUGAAAGCAUUAAUGAAAGGACUGCCUGGGUUCAGAAGAUCAAAGCUGCUUCAGAACUUUACAUAGAGACUGAAAAGAAGAAGAGGGAAAAGGCCUACUUAGUUCGCUCUCAGAGAGCAACAGGCAUCGGGAGGCUGAUGGUGAAUGUUGUUGAAGGCAUUGAGCUAAAGCCCUGCAGGUCCCAUGGAAAGAGCAACCCCUACUGCGAGGUGACCAUGGGCUCUCAGUGCCACAUCACCAAGACCAUCCAGGACACCCUCAAUCCCAAGUGGAAUUCCAACUGCCAGUUCUUCAUCAAGGACCUGGAGCAGGACGUGCUGUGCAUCACGGUGUUCGAGCGGGACCAGUUCUCCCCGGAUGACUUCUUGGGCAGGACAGAGAUCCGUGUAGCAGACAUCAAGAAGGACCAGGGUUCCAAGGGACCAGUGACAAAGUGUCUCCUCCUGCACGAAGUCCCCACGGGAGAGAUCGUGGUGCGCCUGGACCUGCAGCUCUUUGAUGAGCCUUAGGAGAGAGGGGCUCGUGUGGGAAUUCAGCCAGAGUUCACUGCAGGAGGGUCUGCAGGAGCUGUCACCGAGUCCUUGCUGGUGUGGCAUGAAACUACUGCUCGCCCUUCACACGUCAGAGGGUUAUCAAAGCAAACAGGAGCAUCUUUGUGCCUUGAUAAUUCUCACUGAACACGUGAAUCCCAAUUUAGUGAGGAGAUCUCCCUCAGUCUCUCUGUGUGGAGCUUGGCGUUGGUUUCCUGGGCAGGUGAAACAACCCUUGUUGUUCCUCGUGCUGCAGUUGGGAUGGCUGGCA